UGGAACUUUUGUCUGUUUGGUGGCAGAGAAACACAAAGCCCCAUUUCCAGCACCCCUCCUCCUCUCCAGGGGUGGAUAACUGCAGGAAACCUGGGAGCUGAGGGGGAGGAAGAGAUGACAGGAAGGCGGGCAGUCACUGAGAGAGUGCACAACAGUGUCAGCUGUUCUCUCACUACUACCAUGUAACACACCUACAGGCACUACUUCUCCUCCUCGCUGCCAGGAUCACUGCAAGACAUGAAUUCCCAGAAGCUACAAGAAUGUCAGCAAGGUGCUGAAGAGGUGAAGAUCUUAAUGAAGGAGAAUGUGGAUAAAAUAUUUGAGAGGGAAGGAAAACUUGAAAAUCUAGAAGUUCGAUCAGAUGAACUAAAGAACAUGGCCAUCAGCUUCCAGAAGACAGCUCAAACUGUGGAACGUAGAACACGCUGGGAGAAAUGGCGCUGGUACAUUAUUUCUGGAUUAGUAGUUCUUUUGGCUUUAAUUAUUAUCAUCGCUAUUAUUGUUAGUCAGCUGAGUGGAGGUGAAGAAGCACCACAAUCAACUGUGGCUGUGGGCGGCAACUGAACCGCAUGAGAUGCUGACUCUCCCAACUUCUCCACAUGUGGGAUACCUUAGAGAAAAAGAAGGACAAAUACAAUGGAAGACUUGCUUAAUAACACCUGGUAAGAUCUGAAGAACAUUCUUCUCCCAUGACUGGCAAUCACAUGGAUUGCUCUGUCAAAAAUCACUGUGCUUAGUCCUCGCUACUGCCCAAUGAACUGGAGUAUGAAGGUCCCAGAUGACUCUCAGCACCCUGCCAUGAUAUGGAGUCUUUAACAGCAACAUGCUAUGUACACAGCACUGAUGAAUGUGUGAAGACCUCACCAUUUUGUGUACAGUCCUGGAGGCAUCUAUUGUGUUUUUAUUGUUUGCUAAUUGCUAUGUACAGUAUGUCCAUAUUCUGCCAGCUGAGCUAUCAAAGCCUUUAGACAAUGUCCAAAUUCCCUGUUGUUCAUCUUGUGCCUUAAAGUGACAAUAAGCCUAGUCGAUCUUCGUAUCUUCUCUCAAUAUAAUCUAUUACUUCCUGUCAUUCGCCAUUUCAGGAGUGAGAGAUGUUCUUCACUAGGCCUACAGACAGGAAGUCAAUAAAAUGUCAGCCCUCAUCAUCAGGGGUUUAUCUAAUAUAUUUCCGUUUUGAUGACCUCUACGAACAUUUCCUUAUAUGUGUGCAAUGUUUUUAUAACAUACACCUGACAAUGAUAGGUCUAGUUUUCCUUUAAGCGGUUGGCCACUUUGUGAAAUAAAAAUCUAUACAAUAGCAUAAACUUCUGGGUACUAGCAUAAGAAACCUCAAGCCCCCCCAUAACCCACCACAGCACCCAGGUUUAGGGUCCCCUGCUGCCCAUGGAUUCCAUCUGUAAACAGUGGAUGCUGGUGGCUGCCACAUCCAUGCAAUCACGAUGGCAGCAUUAAAUGCUGGCUGCUUUCCCCAUACACUUCUUCUUCUUCACUAGUGCUCAUGGCAUUGUGUGCAUGCACAGAUAAAUGCAGCGCAAUCUCCUGAAUGCUCUCAGAACCAGCACAGAAGAGGAUGCAUCUGGGGCAGUGGUAAUGUGAGUGCAUCUUGUGACUGCUGAUCUUGAUUGCAAUGGAUGUCCUGGCCACCAGCAUCCACUGUUUACAGAUGUAAUCCAUGGGCAGCAGGGGACCUUGACCUAGAGUGCUGUGGUGGGAUAUGGAGGGCUUAGGGGUUUUCUGUGCUAGUGCCCACAGGUUCAUGACCUAGUAAAGUGUCUUUCACAACGUGACCAAUCCCUUUAACUACUCUAACACCUCAUUGUGUGCGCAGACUGUAAUUUGUGAGCCCCAUAAUGUAUACCUAGUGACUGAGAAUGGGUAUUUUGUAAUGGCUUACUGGUAAAGUAGGAUUUAUUACCAACUUUUGCUUCUAAUAAACUUGGUUUAGAAGGA